AUGCCACAGGAUGCACAUGUGCAUCAUAUAGCAAUAAGUGUAUUGAAUGAGACACUAUUAGCGUGCAGAAGAUUACUUGCUUUUGCUAAAGUCUUUUUUCUCACUUUUUCUCACUUUUUCUUUGCUCUUUUUCUCACUUUUCUUUUUCCCACUUUUCUUUCUCUCUCUUUCUCUCACUUUUCUCUUUCUCUCUCUCUCUCUCACUUUUCUUUCUCUCACUUUUCACUUUUCUCUUUCUCUCUCUCACUUUUCUCUUUCUCUCUCUCUCACUUUUCUUUCUCUCACUUUUCACUUUUCUCUUUCUCUCUCUCACUUUUCUCUUUCUCUCUCUCUCUCACUUUUCUCUCUCUCUCUCUCACUUUUCUCUCUCUCUCUCUCACUUUUCUCUCUCACUUUUCUCUCUCUCUCACUUUUCUCUCUCUCUCACUUUUCUUUUCUCAUUUUUUCUUUUCUUCUUUUUCUUUUUUCUUUCUUGUUUUUCUACUAUUCUUUUUUCUUUUUACUCUUUUUUUUUUUACACCAUUUUAUUUUUUUUUACGCUUUUCCCAUUUUUUCCAUUUCUCUUUUUCCUCUUUUCUUUUUUUUCUUUCUUCUACACUUUUUCUCUUUUUUAUUCUUUUUUUCUUUUAUUAA